AUGGUCAAGGAUUUCGGCGAUGCUGGCGAUGCAUGCGACGCACUGUGUAUGUUCAGGAGUGGAUCCAGCAUCAGAGAGGAUUCGUGGAGGACAUCGCCUUUGACAGCCCCGUGCAAGGAGCCUGGCACAUGCUGCUUGUCUUGCGCGUGCCCAUGCUGUACGGCAUGUCAGCAGCGACAGGAAAUUCUACGCUUGGCGAAUCUGGACUAUGUUUGCUGCGGUGGUCUUUUUGCCGAUUGGGGCUGCUGCCUAUUUGGCCGAUGUGGGCGUUCUUGCCCCGUUCUGGAGGAGCCUUUUCCUUUACCAAUCUCCGGAGUGCUUCUCGAGGCUUUUUGCUGCACCCCUUUCGCGAUUAUCGGCAACCGCAAACUGAUUCAGGAUGAGUUUCAUCGCGCGAGCGACGAGUGGGACGACUGCAUUUGCUGCUGUUUUGCUGCUUCACAGAUGGCACAACAUGCAGACGAGCUCCGUCUCAUUCACCGACAGUAUGCGCAUGAGGCAAGAACCUACUGCGCAGCCAGCCUUCCGUGA